AUGCUCACGUUGCAUCGCUACCUGAUUCCGUUUGUCAUAUACCCCGUGGUCGUCAAGCCUCCUUGUGGAUCUAUGCCUUCCCUCCUAUCUGAAUUCCUCGUUGUGGCAGACAACUGUGCUUCGGUGAAAUGUGGGCCCGGCGGGACGUGCGAGAAGGGUCGGAACGGAAGCCCAUUCUGCAAUUGCACGAUCGGCUUCAAACCGUCUUUUGACAACCUUACUUGCAUUGACAAUUGUGGUGCAGUGAAGUGUGGGUACGGCGGCACGUGCAACAAGGAUGGGAACGGAAACCCGUUCUGUAACUGCACAAUCGGCUCCAAACCGUCUGCUGACAAGCUAACUUGCAUUGACACCUGCUUUGGGGUGGAUUGUGGGCCCAACGGCAAGUGCGCGUAUAAGGACAACGGAGAUGCAACCUGCUCGUGCAACGCGGGCUUUCAGAUUGCUCGGGACCGAUUGUUUUGCAUCAGAACGGAGUGUUACAUGCUGGGCUGCGAACCAGAAGGGACCUGUACAGCCUAUUAUGGAGGUUUCUACUGCCAAUGGCGCUCACGCUGUGGUUCCUGCCCCUCGGGAGCAUCUUGCCGAACCUUUUAUCCGCCUAGCGGAGGUUCUUCUGUGCCAUACUGCCAGUGCCCCGGGGGUUAUGGAAUGACCUCAACUGGUUGUGUCCAGGGUUCACCUGACCAAGUGCUUGCCAGCAGCGUCACUCUCAUUCAGGACGAGUCUCAGACUCUAACCAAUGCAUCCAGGCCCUACACGUUCCGUUACAAAAAGGGCUGCAAUCCGUUCCCAAAGGAGGUUGCUGGGAACUACAAGUCUACGUUCGAAGUGCACAACAUCAAUGGUGCCCCGGGUUGUCUCGAGUGGCGAAGCUACGACACAAACAACUGCAGCUCGACACCUUUGAGGAGUGGAUUCCUGGGCACUACUGCAAUGUUUUCUUCUGCAUCUCA